AACAACCCCCACAACGGUUCCAUACUGCAAGGAUUCUAACGCACUACAACUUCUAUCGAAGCCCACGGCCUGCAGCUAGGUCAUUGGAGAAGUAUCUGUUGCGUUACCUACCCCUCUGCACUAUUAUUGCCACUUUCUUUGCCGGAACAGUCCAAACGGAUGUGCCGUCGUUCGGCUAUCUGGUGCUGUGCUUCACGUACUUUGCCACCAACAAGCGGUUUCUGCUGCUAUCGGACCGUCUGACCUUCUGGCACCGCCUGGUUGUGUACAAUGUCUGCGUAUUGGCCCUGAAGAUACUAUGGCAG